AACAUUUGUUCUUCCGGUUCAACGAAAACAACAUCCUUUCUUCAGGUUUAAGCGUGAUUCAGUGUUUUUGAUUCUAGAAUCGACAAUAAAUAUGGCCGAAAACGACGAAAAAAUUCAGCAUUUCAUCGCCGUAACAGGCGUCGAUGAACAGAGAGCCACAUUUUAUUUGGAAUCGUCGGCCUGGAACCUAGAAAUGGCAACUGCCAGUUUCUUUGAGGAUGGCGAUCAGGAUGAUGUUGAAGAAAUGCAAAUGGAAAGUGCGGACAUUGAAGAAAUCUCACAGCCAGAGAUGGCAACAGCUGCAAUUACAGGGCAGGGACAAUCUAAAGAUAAGAAAAACAAACCAGCUUCUAAUUCUAGAUUUGGCACAAUAUCCAGUUUUCAGCAACAGUCGUCUGAAUCGGAUUCCAGUGAGGAAGAAGGUCAGGCGUAUUACGCAGGAGGAUCGGAACGCAGUGGUCAGCAAGUCAUUGGACCCCCAAAGAAAAAAGAUAAAAAUGUUGUUGAAAAUCUGUUUAAGUCUGCCAAAGAACAUGGUGCUGAAGCCAUAGAUAAACCAGAGGAUCGAAAGUCUGCGUUUUCUACAUUUCGUGGCACAGGUUACAAGCUCGGCCAGACGGACGAUGAUUCUGAAACAGUUCAAGGUGGAGCAUUGAAGACAGCACCUCGGCAGGUGGAUAUGGUCUUGAAAUUAUGGAAAAAUGGGUUCAGUGUUGAUAAUGGACCCCUACGUGAAUUCAAAGAUCCAGGGAACAAAGAGUUUCUUGAUUCUGUAUCGAAGGGUGAAGUUCCCCGUGAACUUAUCUCCAUGGGUAAGGGAGGAGAAGUCAGUCUCAACAUGGAGGAUCAUCGAAAUGAGGAUUUCGUCAAACCAAAAGGACAAUUGAAAGCGUUUACAGGUGAAGGUCAUACAUUGGGAAGUCCAGUACCGAAUGUUGUAUCUAAUGCUCCCAGUACAUCAAGUGCUAGCAGUGCUAGUAAACCUGUUUCCGUGUCUGUUGACGAGAGUCAACCUACGACCAAUUUACAGAUUAGAUUAGCUGAUGGAACCAGAUUAGUGUCAAAGUUCAAUCACUCUCAUAAAGUCAGUGACAUUCGUGGCUACAUCGUUUCAAAUCGACCACAGUACGCAGGCACAAACUUUGUCUUGCAGACGACAUUUCCUAAUAAAGAAUUGAGUGAUGAAUCACAAACUUUAGUAGAAGCUAAUCUGAUUAAUGCUGUGAUUGUGCAACGACUAAAAUAAAAUUGAUUGGACUUGUUAUUGGAGUAAUUAUUUUAUUUAUAAAUAUAGAUGUUAUUUGUACCUGUCCUAACUACGGUACCAUACUUCAUGUAUAACUAACAACUGAUAUUCUUUUGGUGAAUUUUAAAAAUAGGAUGACAGGUAAAUGAAAGUGGAGGAGAAACAAUGGACUAAUAAAAUUCUUCAGUUCAUGUUAACAAGGGAUAUUGAACAAAAUGGAGCUUGUUUUUUUUUAUGUUUGGAGGUGGUUUUUCGGUUAUCUGUCAUCAACUGUCUAUGAAAUUAAAACAUGAUACAUUUAAAACUGGUUGAAUUUUGAAGGAUAACAAUUCUAUUUUUGCACUUGAUUAUGUUUUAAUAGUCGAGGAUUGAUUAUACCAACUAUUGAUUUGA